ACAUGUAGUUGCAUAUGGUGGAGAGAGGUCUGAGAGUGAUAGAGUCUUUGUGGAUUGCUGGCGAAGAAAUUAAGCAUUAACGUUUGUUUUUGCAUUAUAUACCCCUAAUUAAACAUGAGUGUCGAAGAGGAAGUAAUGAGAAUUCAAAAGAAGUUGAAUAAAAUGUCAUCUGGAGAUGGAACUGGACAGGAACAGGCUCUGGAGUUACUGAAGGUGCUGCAGAAACUUCCUGUCAACUUGGAGGUUCUUACAAAAACAAGGAUUGGAAUGACAGUUAAUGCCCUUCGAAAAUCCAGUUCAGAUGAUGAAGUGAUAAGCCUCUCAAAAACAUUGAUUAAAAACUGGAAGAAGUUUCUUUCAGGCCCAAAUACACCCAACAGCAAGGACACAGCAGGCAGCUCAAAGAAAUCAAAGGAAAAGGAAGAGAAGCCCAGAGAACUAGAAUUGAAGGACAAGGAGAAGGAAAAGAAAAUGCCAACAACAUUUCCACCUGUCUCUUCAAAUACUACAGAUGCUGUUCGACUUAAGUGCCGUGAACUUCUGUCUACGGCAGUGAGAGGAGAUGGAGAGAUCCCAGAAGGCUGUGCAUCACCUGAAGAUCUGGCCGAAGAAUUAGAAGAAGCCAUUUACCAAGAGUUCCGAAAUACUGACAUGCGUUACAAGAACAGAGUGCGCAGCAGGGUUGCCAACCUAAAGGAUACAAAGAAUCCUGGCUUGAGGAUGAACUUCCUCGUUGGUGUUAUUCCUGCUAGCAGACUGGCUGUCAUGACAGCAGAGGAAAUGGCCAGCGAUGAGAUGAAAAGCCUCCGAAACAAAUUUUUGAAGGAAGCCAUAAAUGAUGCCCAAUUAGCCACUGUUCAAGGCACCAAAACAGACCUACUCAAAUGUGGCAAAUGUAAGAAGAGGAAUUGCACAUAUAAUCAGGUUCAGACAAGGAGUGCUGAUGAACCUAUGACAACUUUUGUCAUGUGCAACGAAUGUGGUAACAGAUGGAAAUUCUGCUAAGUUUGCACAUACAACUUGUUAGUUUUCUGAAACUCCCAAAAGUACAUCUUUUUGGUUUGUUUGCUUGUGUGCUACUUGGAAAUGUGUUGGGAGGACCAUCUGAUGGUAUUUACUGAUAUAAUUUUGUAAUUAUGGACAUGUUAGUACAGUUUUAAUCUGUCCUGUGUCAUAAUAACUCAAUUAUGUGAGAUCUAAGAUUUUCAUAAUAGUGAUGAUUCAUAUUGUGGCUUUCUGGGUUAUGACAUUCUGUAGUCUGGUAGGUGGAUCCAUCGUUUUGGAGGAACAUAUUGCCUCAAUUUUCUACCUUAAAGAUGGAGGCGACAUACUGCUCUGAAUUAUUGGUGCCUACCUAUCAGACUGCCUGGUGUCAUAACUCAAAGGACCGCAAUAUGAAUAAAUAUGAGUAACUGACUUGUGUUGGUAAGUUUGGAAUUUAUGAAGUACAAAUAAGGAAAAUCAACUUAAAGCGCCUCAAAUUUUAAGGUGGUUGGUUUUUAUGAUGGACUAACUUACAGCUGAAGGAAUUUGUAAGGUAAUUUGCUGCAACUGGAGUUAUAAAUUUGUCUGUACUUGCCUACUGCUAUUAGUUGAUCUGUGUGGGUUGUGUUUUAACUGUUUAUUGCAGUUAGCAGUCAGUGUUAAUUUAUUCUCAUUUUUUGCAUAUACAGUAAUAUUGAAAGAAAUACUUGCCAGAUUAUUAUAUACAUUUUGAUCUCUGAAUUCUCACCUUGCUGCAAAAAUUGUAUGACUAGGUAUAUUAAUUUUUGUUGCCUGUAGGACGUUGCAUGUACAUCUUACAUGACUCUGAUAUUCUAACGUAUUUCGUCCCUGUUUAUCAAUGCUUGUAAUUCCCAAAACAAAUUUAUAUUUCUACAGUGAGAAUCAAGACUUUUAUUAUCAUUAUGUGUAAGUACAAAAUAACACAGUUAAUUCAACAUGGUUAAUUGACUCAUUUUUUAAUAAUCAUUGUCAGCAUUAUUGAUAUGUAUAUUAUGUCUCGUUCUUGCUGUAAUGUUGUAAUAGAAAUGCUCCAGUUCUUACAAAAUAAAUGUACAUUUCUGACCACAGUGAA